UUGACAAUUAAAAUCUAUAAUGAUGAAGCCGACUAAUUUGUUUGAUACUUCUGUAACCAAUGUAAAUGUUACUGUCCCUCUCUGGAGAGUCCUCUUAUCUGAAGAAUGUAAGGAACGACUUAAGUGAUUAGUCUGAGAAAACUUCCCAGUCGACAUUGGUCAGUGAAUGAAAUGUUCUCAAACUUUUUGUAAAGUCCAUUUUUACGAAAGUUAUCUUGAUAAUGGCUGUAAAACUAAAUGCUGAAAUGAAGAGGAAUCUGACAUUAAAGAGAUAGGCAAUGAGACUAUCACUGUCGGAGAAGAUAACCAGAGAGUCAACCUUGUUGAAUUAAUUACCAAGUUGAAGGUUAGAUGUCAUAACAAAGAAUGUUAUACUAAAGGAAGCAUACCUAAAAUUUAUGAACAUGAUAAAACUUGUCCGAUGAAUAAAGAAAUUUCAGUCUCAGGAGUAGAUGACAGUGACAAUGAUUCCUCUAAAGAUCUUGAAGAUGGAAUAAAAUCUGCCAAAUCCAUCGAAGAUGCUGAAAGCAUCGAGUGUGAGGGUGAAGAUGCUAAGUCGUUCAUCGGGGAUUCUGAAAAUGGAGAGAACUCUGAAGAGGUAAAACCUAAGAAGAACCCAAAUUCUCUUGGACAAAGCGUAAUGUAAGAAGUAAUCACCAAUAAAAC